ACUCAACUCCCCCCCAUCUCACCAGACUCCUCCUCUCAACAGCUUCCUUUUCUUCUCCGAUGCUCUGAGCCACAAAAACGGUGCGCAGCGAUUCUGCGGCGAGGAAUGGCGUCCAUAGCUCUCACAUCCUCUUGCUCGCUCGGGUUCGGCGCUCACCGCCCGUCGCUGAGAUCGCGCCCCCUCAGGCCGGCCGCCGCCGCGCCGUCGAGCUCCUCCCUCCUCUCCAGAUCCGCCGAGAACCGCGCGUUCCGGCUCAAAUCCUGCGGCGCCGGUGCCGGCGCCACCCGCCUCCUCUCCCCUCUCCUGAAUUUGACCCCCGAAUCCGGAGCUGGAGCUCGCCUGGCCGUCAGGGCGGCCGCGUCCGCGUCCGCCCCCGGGGCGGCCGUCUCCCCGCCGCCGCCGACGCCGUGGCAGGGCGCGGCCAUGGCGCCCCUCCUCGCCUCCAUCGCCACCGGGGUCAUCCUCUGGUUCGUCCCCGUCCCGGCCGGCGUCUCGAGGAACGCCUGGCAGCUGCUCGCGAUAUUCCUGGCGACGAUCGUCGGGAUCAUCACCCAGCCGCUGCCGCUGGGGGCCGUCGCGCUGAUGGGGCUCGGCGCGUCCGUCCUCACCAAGACCCUGACGUUCUCUGCCGCCUUCUCCGCUUUCGGGGAUCCAAUCCCGUGGCUGAUCGCUCUCGCUUUCUUCUUCGCUCGUGGAUUCAUCAAGACCGGCCUGGGAAACAGAAUCGCGUACCAGUUCGUUAAGCUCUUCGGCAGCUCUUCUCUAGGAUUAGGCUACAGCUUAGUCUUCAGUGAAGCGCUCCUGGCGCCCGCCAUUCCCUCGGUCUCUGCCAGAGCGGGAGGGAUAUUCCUUCCUCUGGUUAAAUCGCUCUGCGUCGCAUGUGGCUCGAACGUCGGGGACGGGACUGAGCACAAGCUCGGGUCGUGGUUGAUGUUGACGUGCUUCCAGACUUCGGUGAUUUCCUCGGCGAUGUUCUUGACGGCAAUGGCGGCGAAUCCCUUGAGCGCGACCUUGACGUUCAACACCAUUAAGCAGACAAUUGGGUGGACUGACUGGGCGAAAGCCGCGAUCGUGCCUGGUCUGGUGUCGUUGAUUGUAGUGCCUAUGCUUCUAUACGUGAUUUACCCACCCACGGUGAAGAGCAGUCCAGAUGCGCCAAAACUUGCGAAGGAGAGGUUAGAGAAGAUGGGGCCAAUGAGUACAAAUGAGAAGAUCAUGGCAGGGACUCUUCUUCUGACGGUUGGGCUUUGGAUCUUUGGAGGGAUGCUGAAUGUUGAUGCAGUCACUGCUGCCAUUCUUGGAUUGUCUGUUCUCCUGAUUACAGGUGUUGUCACUUGGAAGGAGUGUUUAGCUGAAGCGGUUGCCUGGGAUACCCUUACAUGGUUUGCUGCCCUAAUAGCUAUGGCUGGGUAUCUCAACAAAUAUGGCCUCAUUUCUUGGUUCAGCCAAACAGUAGUUAAGUUUGUUGGUGGGCUGGGUCUUUCAUGGCAGGCAUCAUUUGGCAUCUUGGUUCUUCUCUAUUUCUACUCGCAUUACUUCUUUGCCAGUGGAGCCGCUCACAUUGGUGCCAUGUUCACCGCCUUCUUGUCUGUUGCAAGCGCUCUGGGCACUCCACCCUACUUUGGAGCCAUGGUGCUAGCCUUCCUCUCUAACCUCAUGGGCGGCCUUACCCACUAUGGCAUUGGGUCGGCGCCCGUCUUUUACGGUGCUAACUAUGUGCCCUUGGCCAAAUGGUGGGGCUACGGAUUCAUUAUUUCUGUCAUCAACAUUAUCAUUUGGCUCGGAGUCGGAGGCAUUUGGUGGAAGGCCAUUGGAUUGUGGUGAGGAAAUAACAAUGAGAAGGCCCUCUGCUUCAAAAACGGUUAGAGAUUCCUGAUUCUGUUUCGCCUCAAGCUGCGAUUUUUCCUUUGCUGCCUCGGAGACAGGCUUGUUGAUUUUGCUUCCCUUUUUCCAUAAAUUAUUACUCCCAUAUUUCGAUGGUCUCGGUAGACCCUUUGGUGGGGAGGAUGGUGCAUGAGUUAGGUCUACUUGAAGGCAGAGAUUAGAGCUUGUAAGUGAGAAUUUUUGACAUAUUGAAAGGAGAAUAUUUUUUCCCCAGGA